UGAGAUUCACCACUGCCAUCACGUACAUUAUGAUGUCUGCAACAGUCGCUCUGGCUGCUGUUCCAUCGGAGAAGAGGAAUGCUGAAGCCGACGAACUCAUCGUCAGGGGCCUUGAAUUACGUGGCACUUGCUGCACAUGCCCUAAUGGACAGGCUGGGUGCGGUGGAUAUUGUUACAGCAACUGCCCUCAGUGUAUCUGGAAUAAGUGUUAGACGGGUCAGGUAGUAGCUAUGGAUGGCACAGAUAGAAAGUAAACUACUG